AUUAACGCGAGUCAACGUGUUUACAGCAACCUGGCAAAACAAAUAGACAAUCAAGAAAACAGAGUGGAAGUGCAUUUUCCAGACAGCCCUGGAUAAACCCGGAUCACUGAGUGUGAAUGAGUGAACUGACGAUGCAUGUGCGAACAUGACUGACAUUCAACUUUACACCACGAGGAACAAGUACACAGUCUUCUGCUGACUAUAUUUUGGACAAGAAACUAUGAGUUCAGAAAGCCAACAGGACAUAUUUUUCUAGAUUUUCUGAAGAACUGAAGCUAACAACAAAAUACGUCAAUAUGAGAAUCUUCAGGACCUUGAUGAAGGCUGCAUCUAUUUCCAAGCAAAUCGACUUUUACUCCAGAUUCUCGCCUUCUCCUCUCUCUAUGAAACAGUUCAUAGAUUUUGGUUCAGAGAACGCGUGUGAGAAAACGUCAUUCACGUUUCUAAGGCAGGAGCUGCCUGUCAGGCUGGCAAAUAUUUUGAAGGAAAUCGAUUUAUUGCCUGAUAACCUACUGAGGACUCCUUCAGUGCACCUGGUGCAGAGCUGGUACAUGCAAAGUUUCCAGGAUAUACUUGAGUUCAAGGACAGGAAUAUGGAUGAUCAAGUGGUCACACAUGACUUCACAGAUGCUGUGAUUAAGAUCAGAAACCGCCACAAUGAUGUAGUUCCCACCAUGGCUCAAGGAGUGGUGGAGUACAAGGAGACCUACGGCACCGACCCAAUCACCAGCCAGAACAUGCAGUACUUCCUGGACCGCUUCUACAUGAGCAGGAUUUCAAUCAGAAUGCUCCUGAACCAGCACACUCUUCUGUUUGGGGGAAAUGUGCGUGACAAUCCCGCUCAUCCCAAACAGAUCGGCAGCAUUGACCCCAACUGUCUCGUCACUGAUGUGGUCAAAGAUGCGUGUGAAAAUGCCCGAAACCUGUGUGACCGGUAUUAUAUGAACUCACCUGAGGUAGUACUGGAAGAAUUUAAUGUUAAAGGGCCGGAUAAACCCAUUGUUGUGGUGUAUGUGCCGUCUCAUCUGUACCACAUGGUGUUUGAGCUCUGUAAGAAUGCCAUGCGCGCUACCAUUGAACUUUAUGAAGAUGCCAUGGAAUAUCCCCCGGUGCACGUGCAGAUCGUCCUCGGACACGAAGACUUGACCGUCAAGGUCAGUGAUCGUGGAGGCGGAGUUCCACUGAGGAAGAUUGACAGGUUGUUCACGUACACCUACUCCACUGCUCCUCGUCCUCAGAUGGACACGUCUCGAGCCACUCCUCUGGCUGGCUUUGGUUACGGGCUUCCCCUCUCCAAACUGUACGCCAGAUAUUUCCAGGGUGACCUGAAGCUCUACUCUAUGGAGGGAUUCGGCACAGAUGCCGUCAUUUACAUUAGAGCUUUGUCCACCGAGUCCAUCGAGAGGCUUCCCGUUUACAACAAAUCCGCCUGGAAACAUUACAAAACCAUCCACGAGGCCGACGACUGGUGCGUUCCCAGCAAAGAGCCCAAAGACAUGACCACCUUCCGCAGCGCCUAGACCCGUCCCGAACCCUGUACCUUCAGCAGAUCUUCUCUUCAUCCGUCUGCCCGUGUUGAAGAAUCAGAGACGGUGUUACGAACGUGAGCAUGCUGAAACCCCACGUGUUUCGAGUGUGUUCUCACGAGGAAGUUUAACAGGUGGUCCCAGUAUUGGAAGUUAGCACUAAGUGCCAUCACAUCCCAGAUAGACGAUAAUGCAGUUGCUGUUCUGGUGUAUUUUGAGUGUGUAUUACCUUUGAGUGAGAUCCAGGGUGUUUUCUCUUGCUUCUAUAUUUAAAUGUGUAAGUCAGUAUUUAUUUAUCCAUCAUCAUGAGAUGGACUGUAAUGUUGAUCAUUAUUGCUUUAAUUUCUAUAACUGGGACUUCACAUUCCACACACAGUCCCAUGUGUUACAUACGUUGUUUUCAGAGACGAUGAAAAGCUCGAAAGGUCUAAAGAAAUGUUUUUUUUUUUAACUGAGUGUAGCGUGAAUAGUUUACUGUUAUAUGCUUCUCACUACCAGAAAAUGUUCAGCUUCCGCUAAGUAACAAUUCAGGCACUUAAGUGACAAAACGCAUGUUUGUGUGAGUUGUGUGCUUCUCUUGAUGGAUUUAAACAAGUGUUAAGUUGUUCGAAACUCAUUCUGUUCAAUAAAGGACUGGGUUUAAUUCCGGUGGCCUCUACUGGA